AUGGGGUCAAAAAAUGUUGCAAAUACUGAAGUCUUCUCAAUUGAUGAUAAGGAUGGACUAUGGAUUCGCUUCCUUACAUUUCUACAAUGGUAUCCGAAGGACAUGAGCCAUGCAGAAAAAAAACUGGUCCUGAAAUUAGACAUUUUGAUUUUGACCUUUGGCUGUUUGUCAUUUUUCACCAAAUACCUCGACCAACAAGCUAUCACCAAUGCUUACGUUUCAGGAAUGAAAGAGGACAUGCAACUAACCGGAAAUGACAUAAACUAUAUAACAAUCGCCUUCUGGGCUGCCUACUGCAUCUCCAUGAUCCCCGCUUGCUACUAUCUCACCCGCAGCCGAAUCAACAUCGUGCUCCCCACGCUGGAAGUAGGGUGGGGACUAUUCACGUUUGGCUGUGCCUGGGCACAGAAUCUCAACACCAUCUACGCCAUGCGCGUGUUCAUUGGAAUCUGCGAGUCGUGCUCGUUUACAGGCAUCAUUUAUGUUAUUGGGUCAUGGUAUAAACCAAAAGAGAUUGGACGCCGAGUUUCGCUGUUUUUUAUUGCCUCACCGUUGGGAACGAUGUUUGCCGGGUAUUUACAGGCGGCUGCUUAUACCAAUCUGGAGAAUGUGCAUGGGCUGGAGGGAUGGAGGUGGUUAUUUGUGAUAUGCACGAUAAUCACGAUUCCGAUUUGCAUUCUAGGGUACAUCGCCUUCCCCGACGUCCCUCACCAUAGCAAACCUCGCUUCCUUACCGAGGAAGAACACAUCCUCUCCAAUGCGCGCGUAGCGGAAUUCACCAGUCCAAGCCAACUAAAAGUCUCCCGGGACAUUUUCAAACGUGUCUUCGGACGCUGGCAUUGGUACGUAUUCGUCGCGCAAUGGAUCCUCGUCGAUCAGAAUUUCCUCGCCUCUUCGACGCCAUUUAGCUUGUAUCUCAAGGCAAAGCCGGAUAUAUACUCCGUGUCGAGGAUCAAUACGUUACCGACUAUCGCGACGGCAGUUUCGAUUGUGGCUGCGUUGAUUGCAGGAGUGGCUGUUGAUCGGGCUGCUAAUUUUUGGGUUCCAUGUGUUGUGGCUACGAUGCCGGUGCUUGUGGGGCUGGUAUUGCUGGUUGUGUGGGAUAUUGGGGAGGCUGGGAGGUUGACUGGGUUUAUUCUGACUGGUUCUGAGGGUGCGAUGAGUCCGUUAACGAUGAGCUGGGCAACGGUGGUCAUGGCCAACGACGCCGAAGAACGAGCCAUUGUUACAGCCAGUAUGAAUGCAAUCGGGCAGGCCAUGUCGGCGUGGACCCAGCUACUGCAGUAUCCAGCUGUUGAUGCACCUAACUUUCGAAAAGGAUUUAUCUCGAACUUGGCGACUACAUUAGCCCAGUUGGUGGUUAUUGCGAUGAUUGCGUUUUUGUGUCGGCGAGGUAAUCAUGUACGUAAGGAUUAG